AUGGCCUCAACAACGACAACGAUGACGACGACGACCGACACCACUUCCCACACGGGAAUAGCAAUCAUUGCCAUCAAUGUUAUCCUCGCCGUGAUAGCCACCAUCACCUGUGUAGGACGAUUUUGGGCACGAAAGCUCACGGGUGUGGGAUGGGGUCUUGACGACUGGCUGGCGCUGAUCAGCCUGAUCAUCAACCACGCCUUCUGUGCAACCACGAUUGAGGCCACCGUCCACGGCGGUUUGGGCCGGAGCAUCGUCGACGUGAUGGCUGAGGACCCGAACAUGCUGGUCAUAUUCCUCAAGUGCGUGGUCGUUGCCGAGUUCUGCUACGGCUUCUCGUCCCCGCUGAUCAAGCUGUCUCUGCUGGCCUUCUACUGGCGCGUGUUCCCGACGCAGUUCAUGCAGAGGGGCAUCUACGUGCUGUCGGCCAUGUGUCUCGGCUGGCUCGUCGCCAUCUUCAUAACCAACUGCCUGCAGUGCCGCCCGCUCUCAUACUCAUGGGAGCAGACGACGAACCCCGGCGCGGGCACCUGCAUUGACCUGGUUCUCUACUUCGUGGGGAACUCCAUAGCCAACAGCCUCAUCGACAUCUUCACGCUGGUGCUGCCGAUCCGCGAGACCCUGAAGCUGCAGGUCAGCUCGCAUAAGAAAGUCGGCAUUUGCUGUGUUUUCGGCCUGGGAAGUCUUGUCGUUGUUGCAAGCCUUGUACGUUUUGGUUCUUUGGCCUCUCUCUAUUCGAUAGGCGUGACGGACAUGACCCAGCAGUACGCCCUCAUGUGGACGGCCACCGUCGUGGAGAUCUACAUUGCCAUUAUCGGCGCCUGCGCAGUCACCCUCGUCCCCGUGUACCGCAAGAUGCGCUACGGCACGCCGUGGUCGACCCGGGAUCAGAAGUCCAACCAGGUCUCGUCAGGCACCGGAGCCUUCGCCGGCACUGGCGGCGCCGGGUCGCGGCCGGGCGUCCACAACUUCAAGCGCUCCGCGAACCACGAGCGGCUGACCACGGGCAACGAUUCCGAGGAGUACCUUCACCACGGCGGCGGCAUGAAGUACUCGGUCUCUGGGGCGACGGGUUCCGGUGACAAGAGCGACGCACUGGGAGACGAUUUACCCAUGGACACCAUCGUCGUCCAGAGGGACGUUACGUGGGAGGAGGAGCGGAAGGAGAAGCAGCAUGUGUAG